UCAUUCUUGCAUUUCUCGCCGUUCUACAUAAAUAAGUUUGUACCCGAGUUUUAAGUUCCUGUUAAAUUUAAAAAUGUCUUUUGAUGCUAUACCUAAAGAUCUGCGAGGCCUACGCGCAUGUUUGGUUUGCUCCCUUGUUAAGACCUUCGAUCAAUUUGAGACUGAUGGCUGUGAAAACUGCGAGGAGUUCCUGCGCAUGAAGAAUAACAAGGACAAUGUCUAUGAUCACACGAGUAACAAUUUUGAUGGCAUCAUCGCACUGACAACACCUAACGAUUCCUGGGUGGCAAAAUGGCAACGACUUGUACGCUUUACGCGCGGCAUCUAUGCAAUCUCCGUAUCGGGCACACUGCCACAGUCGACUCUGCGCGAUAUGAAAAAUCGAGGAAUCGUAUACAAGACAAGGGACAGAAGUCAGCGCUAGGAGUGGUGUAUGUUAGCGUACAAAUAUGUAGUUUAUUUUAAGUAAUAACAAAGUACCACGAGUACGUACAUCUAGAAUAAAAUACAGAUUUAAGAGAA